AUGUACCGCUUGGGCCUGAUUCCUGCUCUCUCCACAUAUCUGACAUCCCUCCUCCCCUUCCGCACGGCUAUGAGUGGAACCGCUCCUCGCCGCUGCGCUCCCUCCCCAGACACGUCGUCUUCCAUGUACCCCGACCGGCCCAUCCGCCCUCUGCCCCGACGCUCUCUGCGCGCGAGACUGUCUCCCGAACAAGCCGAGACCAUUGUAUAUCCCGACCAUCCUGCCUCGACUGGCCCGCUGUUCAACUACCCGUACUCGGCCAACGAGAACGGCGGCAGAGCGCUACGGACGGGCGAGAGUGACCACCAUGCUUGCCACUGCGGUCACACUCACUCGGAAGUAGAGAGCGACGAGGAGGAAGACGAACGGGCUACCAGUACAAGCAGGCACCUGGCUGGCAAGCCCGUGACUGGCGCGCCAGGCGGCUAUCCCAAGGCAGUGUCCACGGCGUCUUCUGUGGAUGGGUACGAUUCUUUCGAGCACACCAACAACAAGAAGAAGCGCAAAAUCCCAAACAUGGGCAGCAACGGGUCGCACCAUACGAGCAUCUCUGCGGAUCUGGCAAGCAUGGGCAUCGCACACGCUCACGAGGCAGGCGCCAUGGACGAUGGCGACGGGCCGGGACGCUACUACGCCUCCGCGCCCUCGACGCCCCAGCAUGGCACCGGCAAAGGAGGAACAGGCAUCUCGGGCGCAGGCAGAGGACCCUUUAACGGCUCCGGCUCAGGACGCUCUGAGCGACGAGUAUGUCCACCCGAGCAAAGCGGCAUCAUCUCGACCGCCAUCGCCAACGCGCAAGCAACCCCGCCGCCCCACGGCAACGAGAACGUGAGCCUGCUGCAGCAGGAAGCCGCCAAGAACAGCGCCAACAAGACACAAUUCACCUUCACGUGCGGCUCCGACUCGGCAAACAAGAUGGUCUGGCCCGGCCAGGAAAACGGUCCCUACCCUCAACCGCCGGGCGCCUACCCAUCCUCCAACGCCGCUCCCCACCCUCAGACCGCUCGUGCUCGCCCACCCGUCCGCCCCGACGCCCCGAUGGUGUCGACCCAGGGCACCCAGACGAGCCCCAGGAUGAACGGCACGCAUGCACCUGCUGCCAACAGAAACGCCCCACCGCCCCAGAAAGGUGCUCAACCGCCGCCGCAGCAACAGCAGGCACCGCCGCCACCAAAGCCCAAGCGCAGUGCCUCGAAGCUAUACAAGCAUGCUGCAAACAAGCGCCGCAUCCAGCAGGAAUACGCAAACUUCCACAACCCGCCCCCCAACCCCUGGAUCUGCGAGUUCUGCGAGUUCGAGGACAUCUUUGGCUACAAGCCCAAGGCCCUGAUCCGGCAGUAUGAGAGGAAAGACAGACAGGAGCGAAAGAGGCUGGCCGAGAAGCGUCGCUUGCUGGAGAAAGCCAGGAUGAAAGGGCGCAAGGGCAAGAAGGCGAGCAAGAAAGCACAGAACAACGCCAACAACGCCCAGCAGUCUCAGAAUGCUCCGCCAGGUGGCUACGACCGACGUGCCGACGACGGCUCUCUCGAUCCGCAGGACGACGAGUACUAUGACGACGAGUACGACGAUCUUCCGCACGCACCUGUUCCGCAUUGUCACCACGUUUGUCAGCAUCACCCGCACCCGCCGCCGCAGAAGGUGCCUGGCCUACCUCCCGGUGACCCUCGACUAGGCCCGCCGCCAAUCACGAAUGGCGCCUAG